AGCAGCGGGCAGCCGCGCCGCGCCGUGCCGUGCCGUGCCGCGCCGCGCCGCUCCGCCCGCACCCCGCCCGCCCCCCGCGGCAGCACCGGCCCCGCGACCGCCGAGCCGCAGCCUGCGGGCCGCGAGGGGCGGCGGAGCCCGGGCGGCGGCGGCCCGCAGCCCUCCCGGCCGCUCCGUGCCCCCCGGCCGGCUCGGGCGAGCCCAUGGUGCCGGGCACCGCGACCUGCAGCCGCCGCCGCGCCCGCCCGCCCGGCGCGGAGCUCAGCCCGGCGCGGAGCAGAGGAGUGGCCGAAUAGCAGCCGCGGCGGGGGGGAUGCCGGAGAGAGACAAAGCCGGCGGGGGAAGCAGCCCACGGCUCGUCCCGGGAUGGGGGCGCCGCGCCGGGUCCGCCUGAUGUUGCUGACGCGGGUGCUCUGGGGCUCGGUCCCCCUCUUCCUCCUGCUGCUGCCUGCGGCCGAGCCCAUCUGCCCCGAGCCAUGCGACUGCCAGCAGCACCAGCACCUCCUCUGCACCAACCGGGGCCUGCGCUCGGUGCCCAAGGCGGCCGAGCCCCAGGAUAUCCUCACCUACAGCCUCGGGGGCAACUUCAUCGCCAACAUCUCCGCCUUCGACUUCCACCGCCUGGCAGGGCUCCAGCGCCUGGACCUGCAGUACAACCGGAUCCGCUCGCUGCAUCCCAAGGCGUUUGAGCGCCUGGGUCGGCUGGAGGAGCUCUACCUGGGCAACAACCUGCUGCUGGCGCUGGCCCCCGGCACCCUCAGCUCCCUGGCCAAGCUGCGCAUCCUCUACGUGAAUGCCAACGAGAUCGGCCGCCUCAGCGCUGCCUCCUUCUCUGGCCUCAGCAGCCUCGUCAAGCUGCGGCUGGAUGGCAACGAGCUGGGCUCACUGGGCGACUCCACUUUCUCAGGGCUACCGAACUUACUCUACCUGCACCUGGAGUCCAACCGCAUCCGCUGGCUGAGCCGCGGUGCCUUCACCGGCCUGGCUAAGCUGCGCUUCCUCGACCUGUCAGGCAACCAGCAGAGCUCCCUUCGCCACCCAGACAUCUUCGGGCCACUGCGCUCCCUCCACACGCUGCUGCUGGCCAGCAACAACCUGCAGCAGCUGACAGGGGGGCUUUUCCAGCACCUGCCUGGCUUGGCGAAGCUCUCGCUCAGUGGCAACCGACUGGCUCACCUGGCCUCAGAUGCCUUCGCGGGGCUGGGUUCGCUGAAGGAGCUGCGCCUGGAGGGAAACCUGCUGAGCCACCUGCCCGCUGCCCUGCUGGAGCCGCUGAGCAGCCUGGAGGCGCUGGACCUGAGCCGCAACGCGCUGACCGCCCUGCACCCUGCCACCUUCGGCCGCCUCGGCCGCUUGCGGGAGCUCAGCCUUCGAGACAACGUGCUGGCCACUCUCCCAGGCGAGCUCUUCGCCUCCAGCCCGGCUCUCUACCGCCUGGAGCUGGAGGGGAACGCCUGGAGCUGCGACUGCCGCCUCCGCGGCCUCAAGCACUGGCUGGGGGCCUGGCACUCCCAGGGCCGCCUGCUCACCGUCUUCGUGCAGUGCCACCUGCCGCCCGCCCUGGCGGGCAAGUACCUCGACUACCUGCAGGACGCCCAGCUGCCGCCUCCGCAAGACGGCGGCCCCUGCCACGACGGUGCCGCUCCCGCCUCCGCGUCCCCGCCGCCGGCCGCCGAGGGGCUCGGCGGCAACAGCAGCGGCGCGGGGGUGCCCCGCGGGCCGCCGCCGUCCGCCUCCACCGCCCGCCUGCUGGGGGCGCCCGAGAGCGCGGCGGCGCCCAGGGCCGCGGCGGAGCCGGCCAGCCCCACGCCGCCGCCGCCGCCCGCCCGCCCGGCCGCCUCCGGACCGGCGCCGCCCAGCGCCCCGUGGCCCCGGCGGGCCGGGAAGCCCCGCGCUGCGCCGGCCGCCGGGGUCCCGCCGCUGGUGUCCGACCCGUGCGACUUCAACAAGCUGUUCCUCUGCAACCUGUCGGUGGAGGCGGUGGGCUCCAGCUCGGUAACGGUGCGCUGGGCCGUGCGGCCGCACCGCAGCCCCCGUCUGCUGGGGCCGGUGAGGUUCCGCCUCCUCUUCGACCGCUUCGGCGCCGCCGUCAAGUUCCAGCGCUUCGUCUACCUGCCGGAGCGCGGGGAGCCAGCUGCCACCCUGCGGGAGCUCCGCCCGGACACCCCCUACCUCGUCUGUGUCGAGGGCAUCCUCGGCGGCCGCGCGUGCCCGGUAGCACCGCGGGACCACUGUGCCGGGCUGGUCACCCUGCCCGAGGGCGGCGUGGCGGCGGGCGGGCCCCGUGGCCCCGACCAGCAGCUCCUCACGCUGGUGCUGCUGGCGGUGAAUGCGCUGCUGCUCUUGGCGGCGUUGGCCGCCUGGGCCUCCCGCCUGCUGCGCAAGAAGGUGCUGGGGCGGCGGCGGCGGAAGGCGGCCCCCGUCCACGUCCGCCAGCUCUACUCCACCCGCCGGCCCCUCCGCUCCAUGGGCACCGGCGUCUCCGCCGACUUCUCAGGCUUCCAGUCGCACCGGCCACCCCGCGGCGCCGCCUGCGCCCUCAGCGAGGCCGACCUCAUCGAGUUCCCCUGCGAGCGCUUCAUGGAUAGCGGCGGCGGCCGCCACGGCGACGACCACCUGCUGCAGCGGUUCACCGACUGAGCCCGCCCAACUACGGCUCCCGGCGGGCACCGCGCAGAGGUGGGCGGUGGGCACUGCUGGGCAACGGGGCCCACCGGGAGCUGUGGUCGGCGCGGCGAGGGGAGGCGGCCGCUGGGCUGAGGGUACGGCCGGGCCCCGCCGGGCUGCCGCCUCCUCAGGGAAAGCUGCGUGCGGUCGCUGCCCUCAGCCACGCUUACUGCAGGCCGGGACUGAUGCCGUGUGUGAGGUGGGCUUAGUCGGCCACCCCUGAUGGAAGGUCGCCGUUCCUCAGAAUCAUCGCUAGCCCAAGCAAAAGCCGCGACUGGGCAGCUGCUCGGUGCCAUGAGGGGAGAGAAGGGCGGGAGCCCGUGCGAGCAGCAGCAGGUGCCUUAGGCCAGCUCAGCGCCCUGAACUGAAGCGUGCCGCUUUACAGGUGGCUUUCUCGGACUGCAGCUGGGCCGUUCCAAGGCACCGGCGCUUCCUAAUUAAAAAUUUGGACGGAGGGUUGUCUUCUAAUGUAGUACAACCAGUGAGUUGUCUAGAGGGCUUGAAACACGCAUUUUGUGCUGAACAGUUUGAAGGCUGUGCCAUCUUAACUCACCCUGAACGUGAGGCAGUUUUAACGUGCACGGGUGUGUUUUCGUACUUUUUUGUAAACGGGAAACAAUAAUGCAGCUGGUUAGUUUUGCAGGAAUGUAUUGCUGACACCACUAGGAAAAACUGAGUUCUGUAAUAUGUUUACAAAUGAGCUAUUUUAAAAUUCUUUUUUUUCAAUAAAUACUGCUUGGUACUUGCACACAGUAAUGUGUGUGGUAGUUGUCUGAGUCUGUGAUGGUCAGUGGAUCGCUGACCCUCACGUAAUCCAUUUCUAAAUGGGUGGAUGCAGAGAUGAGCUGUUGAUGGAUAAAUAAUAUUGGUGCCUUUCUUCAGAAACAGUAAUAGGUGAGAAUAUUUCAGGAAUGUGAAGCAGUCUUUAUCCUAAUGGGCAAUUCUCUCUUAGCCUUAGCCUACUAAAAUUAGAAGCUUUAUGUACCUCACUGUGAAAUAAAACAUUUUUGUAUAUUAAUCUAGAUUCUGUGUUUUGUGUAGCUGAGUGAGUAAUGCUGAAGUUAAACCCUUAUGCAGUAGUAUAUGAUGUUUGAGUUGGUUUUGUUUUGUUGUUGGUUGUUUUUCUUUAACUUGACUUUUGUCUUUGGUUUUAGAGCAAUGCUAAUCAUUUUUUGAUCAGUUGCUCUCUACUUUCUCAAACUUCUACUUUCCUAAAUAUUUACAGAAUGUGGUUCUGUUACUAUGAAAUAUGGUGGUUUAGUUUACAUUAAUAAUUCUCUCUGUGUGGUCUAGAAAUGAGCUACUUAAAAAGGUCCAAACUGGGGUUACGCUUUAAAUGCAAAUGUUUUAGAUGGAGUUUGGUAAAUUGUUGAGACCAUUGAUGCUACUUUUGCUCCUUUGAAUUUAAUGUGCAACCUCAGAUGAACUCUUGUGGAACUGAAUGGCUUCAAGGAAGUGUCAGUGAACUAUGGAGACAAUAGUUUCAAUAUCAUGCAUUCACUGCUGACCCGAGGUGUUCGUGACUACAAGUUGUUUAUUACUCUAGUUGCAAGUAAGCAAUGCGGUUUGUUGGGGGUUUUUUGUUUGUUUGUUUUCAGAUGACAAGCAUUUACAAAAGACACCAUAGUAACUGGUACCUUCAGUUGGAGUUCAGUGAGAAAAGACUUUAUGUUCUGAGGGAAUUUUGUUCAAUCUUUACAUUCAAGUCGGAGGAAAGGAGGGAGCGUAGAGAUCAUUUGCCUUAAUCUUUGCCUUUUAAAUGCUGGGGGGGGGGGGGGGCGGGAAGUCUUGAUUCUGUCAGUAGUAAAAAGUCCUUUUGGAUUUAUGUUGACAGGCAGUAGUUUUCAUUAAUAUCAGGGGCCAAACUUGAUUGUCUGAGUAUAGAUUAAAAUUCAUAACUCUUAUAGACACAAUGUUGAGUUGAAUUAAAACUGAAGGAAACCAGGAUCAUGUUUUAUUUUUUGUUAAGAAUCUUAAAUUUCUGUUCCUUUGGACACCUGGGUGCUUUUGGCCAUUUAUGACUGACUGUGGAAUACACCACUGUUUGUGUUAGAAAUGCAGUGGGGAUUAUUGAGUAAAGCUGUGUAUCACACUAACAUUAGCUCUUAUCACUGGAUAUUCUUCCAAUGGGAGAUGCAUAGAUGCUGUACAUGGUUAUAAUCAAUUAUGUCAAUAAAUCCAUUUGCUGAAAAGAAAA